AUGGCCGAGCUGUGUCGCACGGAGUCGGCGCUGAUGGCACUGGAUGAGGAGCAUCUGUGGGAGAUGCUGGACAGUCACCGCUGCCGGAUCCUGUGCAGUGUGUGCCCCAGCCGCCUCACCCCCUACCUGCGCCAGGCCAGGGUGCUGGGCCAGCUGGAUGAGGAGGAGGUGCUGCACAGUCCCCGGCUCACCAACACCGCCAUGCGAGCUGGGCACCUGCUAGACCUACUGAAGACUCGUGGGAAGAAUGGGGCCAUCGCCUUCCUGGAGAGCCUCAAGUUCCAUAACCCUGAUGUCUAUACCCUGCUCACCGGGCUGCAGCCCGCUGUGGACUUCAGCAACUUCAGUGGGCUCAUCGAGACAUCCAAGCUGACCGAGUGCCUGGCCGGGGCCAUUGGCAGCCUGCAGGAGGAGCUGAGCCAGGAGCAGCGGCAGAAGGCGGCCCUGCAACAGCAGUACCGGCGGCUGCGGGAGAGCCUGGGCCUGGCUGAGGCCCGCGUGGAGAGCCUGCAAGUGCUGGAGGCUGAUCACAGCCGCAUGGAGCGCGAGGUCAGUGCCCGCUUCCAGGAGGUGCUGAAGCUGAAGGACGAGCUGCUCAGCCUCUCCCUGCACUACAGCAACGCCCUGCAGGAGAAGGAGCUGGCCACCACGCGCUGCCGUGGCCUGCAGGAGGAGCUGUACCUGAUGAAGCAGGAGCUGCAACGAGCCCAGAUGGCCUCUUCCUGUGAGCGGGAGUUUCGAGAGCAGUCCCUGAAGAUGGCCAGCAGCCUGGAGUCAGAAGACGAGGAGCUGAGCCGCCUAAAAGAGGAGAACGAGAAACUCAGGUCACUGACAUUCAGUACGGUGGAGAAGGACAUCCUGGAGCAGAGCCUGGACGAGGCCCUGGAGAGCAAGCAGGAGCUGGUGGAUCGAAUCCACUCACUGAGGGCACGGGCUGUGGCUGCUGAGAGACAACGCAAGCAGUACUGGGAGGAGAAGGAGACGACGCUGCUCCAGUUCCAGAAAACCAAGGUGGACUGUGAGAUCUACAAGGAGAAGGUGAACGCCCUGCAGGGCCAGGUGGUCGAACUGCAGAAGGAGCGAGACAAGGCAUAUGCAGCCAGAGACCGGGCCCAAAUGGAGAUCUCCCAGGGGCUGACGGAGAAGGACUCGCUCCGCAGAAAACUGUUUGCGCUGACGGAGGAAGUCUGCGAGCUGCGCAAACAGCUCCGCAAGCUGCAGACGGACUCGCCAAGCGGGGCCAAGCUGGACGCUGGGCCCCAGGAUCCUUGUGCACGGGGCAAGCAGCGGCUGGUCCGGAUGUAUGCCAUAUGCCCACGGGAGGACAGUGCCAGUGGCCCCCUCAGCUCCCUCCCCUCUCAGCUCUCGUCCGACCUGAGCGCCAUGUCCAGCUUCCGCUCCAGCAGCCCGGUGCCACCCAGCCAAUGGUCUCUGUACAAGCGGGCCACAGAAGACCUCCGAGAGGACCCCUUGUCUUUAAGCUUCCCGGAAAUUCUGGAGGCAGAGCUGGGAGCCUCCCCAGGGGACAGGGAGGACGAUGUGGACCUGGACUAUGAGAUCCUAGACAAGGCAGAGUGGCCUGGGGUACGCAAGAGGCAGCCACCGGCCAGGGACAGGGAUCGCUGCCACACAGAAAUGCACGACCGUGCAGACACACAGACCCACGCAGAAAUGCAGGCCCAGGCAGGAACUCAGGACCGUGCAGAAACACAGGCUCAGCCUCGCCUGAGCUCAGCCUGUCAGCUCCUGGCUCCCCGCAAGGCCUUCCUGAGGCAGAGGGUGGCUCACAGCCCUUCCCUGGCAGCUUCUAUGUCUCAGACAGGACGGGGUCAUCGCAGGGGGAUGGAGAAUUCCAGAAUGCUGGGGUCGGGGAUCACCUGGUGCACGGGUACCCCUACGUCUACGCUGCCUGUGGUGUGGGUCAUCUCCACCCGCCGGCCCUGUCCUUCCGGCAGCAGUGUGCCUGUGCGGCGGCGGCCAGCCCGCAGGAUCCUGAGCCAGAUCACAGUGCUGGCCUUCCAGGGAGACGCGCUGCUGGAGCAGAUCAGCGUCAUUGGUGGGAACCGCACGGGCAUCUUCAUCCACCGGGUCACCCCCAGCUCGGCGGCGGAUGAGAUGGCGCUGCGCCCAGGCACCCAGAUUGUGAUGGUCGAUUACGAAGCGACGGAGCCAGUGUUCAAGGCUGUGCUGGAAGACAUGACCCUCGAGCAGGCUGUCGGACUCCUUGGGCGGGUGGACGGCUUCUGCCGCCUGUCUGUGAAGGUCAACAUGGAGGGAUACAAGAAGCUGGUCCAAGACUUGGAGGCCAAGGUGGCCACCUCCGGGGACUCCUUCUACAUCCGGGUCAACCUGGCCAUGGAGGGCCGGGGGGAGGGGGAGCUGCGGGUGCACUGCAACGAGGUCCUGCACGUCACUGACACCCUGUUCCAGGGCCACGGCCGCUGGCAUGCCCACCGCAUCAGCCCCUACACCAUGAAGGACACCAGCCAUGGUGCCAUCCCCAACUACUCACGGGCCCAGCAGCUGCUCAUUGCCACCAUCCAGGACAUGACACAGCAGAGCACGGCUACCCGCAAGCAGUCAUCUGCGGGCCCCCAGAAACUAGUCCGCAUUGUCAGCAUGGACAAAGCCAAGGCCAGCCCUCUGUGUUCGUCCCUCGAAGGGGGCCACUCGGACCCUGGCAAGUUGGAAGACUCCUCCACCGUGUGUUUCUGGGCCGAGAGCUGCUUCACCCUAGUGCCCUACACCCUGGUGCGCCCCCACAGGCCCACCCAGCCCCGGCCCGUGAUCUUUGUGCCCAGGGUGAUCGGGAAGAUACUGAUCGAGAAGCUGUGCCUCCUCAGAGGGUUUGAGAAAUGCCCAGCAGAGUACUUGAGCCAGGAGGAGUAUGACACCCGGAGCCAGAGAGGAGACAUCAUCCAGGAGCCAGAAGGGUCCGGCAGCCGCUGCUGGGUGACCCGCCAGGCCGUGGAGUCUCUCAUGCAGAAGAACACGCAUGGCCUCCUGGACUUGGGGCUGGCCGGUGCCUGCGCCCUGCAGAGCAGGGAGAUUUUCCCCAUCAUCCUCUACAUCUCCACCAAUGAGAAGACCGCCAAGAGGCUCAGGAAGGCCCUGCAGCGGCUGGGCACGUCGGAGGAGCAGCUGCUGGAGGCAGCCAGGCAAGAGGAGGGGGGCCUGGACAAGGCACCCUGUCUGUACAGCAGCCUGGCCCCCGAUGGCUGGAGUGACCUGGACACCUUGCUCAGCUGCGCCCACGCGGCCAUCGUGGACGAGCAGAAGAAGAUUGUGUGGACAGAGCAGAGCCCCCGCUGA